AUGAAGUACCCAAACACGCUGGACCUGAACACCUACCGGGCGUACAUGUGUGCACGGCACCUGAAUCGGGACAAGAGCCGCCUGCUUGAUGCCAUCAAUCUCGACUGGGACCUGAACGUGCCGGAACCGCUGAAGAUACUGUGCCUGCGCGCGGUAGCGGAAAACUGGAUGACCGUGCCAUACUUCCGCGAGCUGCCACUGUGCGAAGAUCGCCAGUAUCUGCUGGAUCUGCUCGAUCUGAACUUCCCGCUCGACGUGCUGUGUGCCCGGGUGCGCAGUGAUGCGUUCUGGAAGCGAGCGUUUCACCACCGGUGGCGUACGUUCGUGCCGAUCGAGGUUGGUACGAAACCGUGGGUGCGGAUCUACCUCGAGCAGCAUCUGUCGGAAAUGGUGGAGCAUCUGAAGCCGAACGAUUACGACCAGGAAGGGAUCAGGAAGAUCGUCGAUCUCUGCUCACCGUUCGUGCGGGAGUUGCGUAUCGAGCGGCUGCAACCGUCCCUGUCGGACAACAGUGAUCACGUGCCGCUCGAUGUGGUGCUGGCGAACUUGCGGCGGCUGCAGCGCGUCAGCCUGACGUACGACGUGAAGGAUGUGGGGCACAACUUCUUUCUCGGCUGCGCCACCAUUACCGAGAUGGAUGUGAAGCUGAUGACGCAGGGCCUGGAACGGUGCGGCGAGCUGACGGAGUUCCGCCUGCACAGCAGCAAGCUCGAACCGACGAUGAUGAAGCGUAUCAGUGCGGCCCUUGGCAGGGGUUGUCCGCACUUGCGUACGAUCGCGUUCCCGCACUGCCGCUGCGGGGACAUUGGGUUGCGUGCGUUCUGCGAACCCAUCCACCCGAACUCGUUCCCCAACGUGCGUGAGGUUAUACUGACCAACAACUUUUUGUCUCCGGAGAGUGUGCAAGAGCUUACCUGGCGGUUGCGGCAUCGUCAAAUCGAAAAGUUAGAUCUGCGGCUCAAUCCUAUCCUCACCGAGGGUGCCUCGUUCGUAAUGACGAGCGUGUUCUACAUGCCCCUGCAAGAGCUCAUUCUUAGCUGCUGUUCCAUCGAUGAACAGAUCGAGGAAUAUCUGCUGAUGCUGAUCCGUUUCAACUACACAAUCAAGCGGUUCGACAUCUCCUCCAAUCGGCUUACGCCGGCCAUGGGCGAGCGGUUGCUGCAGCGUGUCCACGAAAAUAAAACCCUGCAGCAGUUCGAUCUGCGCAACACGGACAUCUCGUACGAUGUGCGGGCCAUUAUCGACGAGGUAAUAUUGGAGAAUCGCGAUCCGCACAGUUUGCACAUGUUUUAG